CUUCCUCUUUUACCGCGCUGGUGGCACGCAAACCAGUCGCUUCGACAGGGAGCCCCACUGUUUCGUGGGCGACGGGGCGUCCAGCAGCUCCUAGCCGGCUAUUUCGACUGACUCCCCCCCCCCCCCCCGAGUUUCGGAGGUCGACCCGUCCGGUUGUUAGUGCGUUAAAGUGAGGAGGAGGAGCAGAAGGAGGAAGAGGAGGGGGUCAGUCCUGUCAGCCACCAUGGCUGCGACGUAGCGCAACUUUUGUAAUCCGCGGCGGAGGAACGAGCAACUUUUUUUUAGCGAACUUCCAGGGAGGCGCGAGGGAAGGAGGCAACAUGAAGAAGCAGUUCAAUCGGAUGAGGCAGCUCGCCAACCAGACGGUCGGGAGGGCUGAGAAAACUGAGGUGCUGAGUGACGACCUCCUACAGAUCGAGAGGCGACUGGAGUUGGUGCGUUUGAUGUCGCACAACACGCACAAGAGGCUGGUGUCCUGCCUGCAGGGUCAGCUGGGCACGGACACCGAGAAGAGACAUAAAAGGUUGCCGCUGACUACGCUGUCCCAGACCAUGCAGGAGGGAGGCAGUCAGCUGGGAGACGAAAGUCUGAUCGGCAAGAUGAUGGACGUGUGUGGGGAGGCUGAGGGCAGGUUAGCGGCUGAACUGAUGCAGCAUGAAGUCCAGAUUGAGAGAGACGUCCUGGAGCCUCUCAACCAGCUGGCUGAGAUUGAGAUUCCCAAUAUUCUAAAACAGAGAAAGCAACUCGCCAAGCUGGUUCUGGAUUAUGACUCGGCCAAGACGAGGUACUACCAGGCAGCAAAGUCCAGCAACCACGCUAUGGCAGCUAAGGCCGAUUCCCUCAAAGACGAGAUGGACGAGGCUCUCAACAAAGUAGAAAUAUGCAAGGACCAGCUCUCUGCAGACUUGUACAGCUUUGCUUCCAAAGAGGGAGACUAUGCGCGCUACUAUGUCCUGUUGUUAGAGGCCCAGGCCGACUACCACAGGAGGUCGCUGGCAGCUAUGGAGGCCGCUAUACCGACGAUCAAAAUGCAGCAAGACUCCUGGAUGGAGAAGCCGGCGUUCGGCACGUCUCUGGACGAGCACCUGAAGAGGAGUAACCGCGAGAUCGCUCUGCCAAUGGAGGCCUGCGUCAUGAUGCUGCUCGAGACCGGCAUGAAGGAGGAGGGUCUCUUCAGAAUAGCUGCUGGAGCCUCAAAGCUGAAGAAGCUGAAAGCGGCGCUGGAUUGCUCCACCUCGCAGCUGGAGGAGUUCUACUCUGAUCCCCACGCCGUCGCCGGAGCCCUGAAGUCCUACCUCAGGGAACUUCCUGAACCUCUAAUGACUUUUGGCUUGUACGACGAAUGGACUCAGGCCUCCAAUGUGUCUGACACUGACAAGAGGCUCCAGGCUUUGUGGGUGGCGUGUGACCGUUUGCCAAAAACUCACAAGGCAAACCUCCGGUAUCUGGUGAAAUUUCUUGCCAAACUGGCUCAGGACAGUGAGGUUAAUAAAAUGACUCCAAGCAACAUCGCCAUAGUCCUCGGGCCAAACCUGCUCUGGGCAAAGACUGAGGGGACGCUGGCAGAGAUGGCAGCCGCCACAUCCGUCCAUGUGGUCGCCAUCAUUGAGCCCAUUAUCCAGCACGCCGACUGGUUCUUCCCUGAAGAGGUGGACUUCAACGUGUCGGGCAUGUUCGCAGCAACCUCGGACCUGGACCCCGCCCUGGAAAGGAAGCGCCCCGGCAGCCUGGUGGGGCAGGACGGGGACGGUCACACCCCCCGUAAAGACAGCCCUGUUAACAAACAGCCGGAGCCCGCUCCACGUAGAGCCAGCGCUGUAAAUAGAAAGCAACCGCAGCUAACCUCACCCACCUUCCAACCCCCAGUGGCCCCUCUGGAGGCCUGGGGUCCUGCCCAGUCUGAGCCCCAGCUUCUGUCCCCGGCUGCAGAGGCUGAGCAGCCUGGCCUGGGUGGUGCUAGUUCUGGUGCUGGUGGUGGUGGUGGUCGGGGUGGUGGGGUCCAGGUAGCGACAAUGCAACCUCGGGUUGUAGCCCAGCUGAGCGCAGAGGAGAGCAGCCCUGCCCGUGAACACACGUCCACCCCCCCGUCCCAGAGGAAUGGUUCAGUCCAUCUCACAGUAGGAACCCCCCACUCUCAGGGUGGAUCCAGGGGGCCAAGUCCACACAUGGUUCGCAGAGGCACCAAGAAACAGGCUCCGCCCCCCCCCAAGCAGUUCAGCCCCUUUGCCUCUCAAGCUAGCAACGCCCCCAGCUCCCCUCAUUACCCACCCAUCACCCCCCGACGCAACCCCAGCAAAGACAGCCUGAUCCAGGCGCCGAGCCACCCGCCCCCGCAGCCUCCUCUAGCCCCCCACGCCCAGGGGGAGGCGGAGUCCUCUCCCCCCAGCAGUCCCACUCCUCCCGGUACUCCGCCCAGCGAUGGGCCGCAGUCCAGCCCGCUGUCUUGCUACCAGUCCGGAUCUCUGCCUCGCCCCUCAAGGCCGGCCCCCAAACCACGGCCCCGCCCCAGCAUGCCGCCGCCCCCCCAGCCGGCAGGAAAUGACACCGGUAACGGCGUCUGCGGCUCCUCCUCCAAGAUCAUAACAGAAGGAGGCGUAUCCCUGAAGGGGAUUGGACGAGCCUUCAUCCCUGAAGUGAACGUGGACCAUCACCGGGAGAGCUCUGCUGGUCAGGAGCCCGCCCCCACCCACACCACCACCCCCCCAGACUCCUAUGCAGAGCCUCAGACAGAGUCCACCGCUCUGUGAAGAAUCGAGGGCUCGCUGCGAUCCUCUUUAACUCAGCCGCUCCGUGUAACAAAGAACCAUCGGUCCAGCCCGGAUCCUCACACUCUAUGCACAAGAUGUCCGACUGCUCUCUGGGGGGGGAAGUCUGCCGUUUCUUCUUAUUUGCGGAGUCGUAUCUCAGAAAAACACUCGCAGUUCCUGUUAGCUACUGGACGUCAUAUCUCACGGCCGAUGUUCUAUUUUUCUGGGUAUUUUAAGAUUGGACUGCAGAGCCUUGCUGGCCUGGAGGCAAGUGAGCGCUAAAUAUAUUGUAUAUGUAACCGAAACAUGCUGAACUCAAAAGGUGCUGAGCUUUCAAAGCUUUCACUUGUCUAUUUGAACUUUUAAUCCAGCUAUUGAUGACAUCGGUUCAAUGCUUUUGUAAGUUUUUUUGAGACCGAAAUCUGUGAAUCCUGUUCAGCAGCUUUUUGCGGAUGUUCUUGAGCCAGCCACUGAUUAUCUAUUCAGCAUUUUCCCGAUUGGCCAAUUCCAAUAAUUGUCCCACUUCACUCUAAACACUUGUAAAGGACCAAAGAAAUGGAUGUAGGCCAAAGGAAAUUGAAUAUAAGUUUAGAGGUUUUGUGCAAUAAAAUGCAGUUGUCUCCCACAGUGCAUUUGCUGUACAAUUUGUUAUUUCAGUUGUCUUUUAAUCCAGUGUGGAAGAAUAUUGUUUGAUUCCAAAUGGACAAAUUCAAAAUUGCUUUAAACUUCAGAUUGAUCAGCUGUCCUCAUUAAAAGGGAUUUUUUUUGUGUUAAUUACUUUAAAUACAAAGCUUGUAAUCCAUCUCUCCCACUCGAGCUUAACGCUAUGACCAAAUACAGCCAAAUUCUAUUUUGUGUAUAAUAUUGACCACGGCUGAUCAUCUUUUUUCUGUAUUUUUCUAUAUAUAUAUAUUUUUUGUCUACUUGCUUUUUUUAUUUCUCAUUCAUGCAUUUCUAUGUUGUCUUCUGCACAUAAUGCAUGAUUACUCUUGAUAAUUAAAGGUUGUUCAUCAUUUUA